AUGAAAUAAGUCACCUUCUUAUUCAUCCUUUUUACUUUAACCAUCCAAACAUAAUUGCAAUCUAAAGUAGAUUAAGUUAUGGCAUAAAUGGAUAAAAUGGCAUUAAAAAAUGAUUUCUCGAAGCAAUUAGCAGGUCUCAUUGAGCUUAAAAUGUUAUAAAGUUCUUAUGUCGAGGAAGUACUCAAAGAGAUAAAAGGUAUUAGAGACUAAUUAAUUGCUGAUUAAAGUGUUGAGGAUUAAGAAUACGCAAAAAAAAUUGGACAAUUGAAUGUGGAGAUUGAAAUCUUAGAAAUACAAACUGAGAAGCUUGCAAAAGAAUUACAAAGACUAAAUUAAUAAAUUGCAGAAUUGAAUGAAGAUAUUAGCAAACUUAUUGGUACCUAAUAAUCAUAAGAGAAAUAAUUAAGUACCUUGAACUCAAAGGAAGAGGAGAUUAGAAACUAAUACAAAAGUGAAAUCGAAACUCUUAAACAAAGAACUACAAAUAAUAUCAAAUCUAUUGAUGGAUUAAAUGAAAUGAUUGCAAAGUUACAAUAAGCAGUGUUUGCAGAAUAAAGUAAAACAACUGUACUCUCUUAAUAACAUACAAAACAGUAUGUUGAUGAUCUUAGAAACUAAUUAGGACCAAAUCAUCCAUUGACUGCUUUAGUGGCUGUAACUACAAAAUUUGAUGUACCUACUGUCACUAGAAUUAUCUAACUUCUUGAGAAUAUUAGAGAUGAGAGAAUCUAAGAAAAUGCAGGAGCUGAUGAAUACGAAGCAAAAGUUAAUUCAUCGUAUCAAGUUACUUUAAAAGAAGUCACUGAAGUCAGAGAAAGAUUAAGUGCUGAUUAUUCAAGAACUGUAGUCACUCUUAAACGAAGAAAUGAAGAAAAUGCUCUAUCUACAAAGUCUAGAAACUAAAUCUAAAAAGACUUACCAAUUGCUUAAGAUUUACUUCAACAAUAUAGAAAUGAAAGAGAAAUUGUUUAAUCCAAUUAUAAUCUUAGAUCUGCCAAAAGAGAGAAUGAAGUUAAAAUCAUAACUCAAGCUUAUACUAUAGUAGCAUAACAAGUUAGAGUAUGA